AAUUUGGUCAGCGGGACUGUACACAAGUGACGCUAGGCCUAACGCUAGCUAUUGCAAAAGGUUCUAUGUAAUAUGUAUGUUUUUCUUCUAUUAUUCUUCUUUUGUGGAGAUCUGCGAACAUACGUGAACCACAAAUAUGCACUCUUUGACGAAUUACACGGCUAGUGAAGUGCACGCCUUGAAUAUUGUGUGGUAUUGUUUAAAAUUAUCCACAUUGGCCUGUUUUGUAUGUUACGUGUUUGCUAGCGUUAGCUAAACUGCUAAACCUAACGCUAAUGCCAUAUUCACAAGCCUCUCUAGCAAAGCACAAAACACUCAGGUGCUUUAACUUUGUAACGUUACUCUCUUUUGUGCUAUUAGCAACAGGCCAGAACCGAAUGCCAACAAUUGACAACAAUUAACGCGAAGUCCAAAUCCAUACACUUUUAGCAAGUGUCGCAACUGUUGCGGUAAAUACUACAGUUCCCAUCAUGCUUUGCCGUGUCACGUGUCCUUAACCAUAACAACGAUGGCGGGUGUGUUGAGACUGCACGAGAAUGACUUUAUUUUGGUCUGUAACGAGCUUGCUCUCUUUUCUAAAACUUAUCUUUGGGCGGUGAACAGAAGACCGCGCGCUCCCGUUAAGCCCUUCGUGCCCCGGAAAGGGGAGAGCAGAAAAGUCGUGGGACUGACAUCACUAAAAUACUUCUGAUACUUUCAGGGAAGCCAUACUUGAAGUCUGAAUGAGACGUCACAAAAGAGAAACAGCAGGCAGUAUAAACCCAGGCUUGUGUCUUUCAGAAAUGGGGAGAGCAAAAAAAAAUCCUGACUGACCGAGACUACUAAAAGACUAAGUGCACUUUUUAAGUCAGGGGGAGCCAUACAUUGAUGUCUAGUGAGAACAUAGAUGUCACAAAGGAGAAACAGUAGGCUUUUAAGAUGACAUGGAUAUGCAAACUUUGCAAUUUCAGAGUAGCAACACGUUUAGCACUCCUAAAACAUUACAGACUGACACAUAUAUUCUCUGGCCAUGGUCGGUCUUUACCCUGCUUGUAUUCAGACUGCCCCAGUGCAUUCAAAAGUUUAAAUUCGCUGCAUGCCCAUUUGUCAAGAGAUCAUUUCCAAACUAAAAAGCCAGGGGAAAAUGUUUCAUUCCUAUGCCUUAUUUGUAAUAUAUCUGCUUUUCACACAGAGAGGCAAUAUUUUAAACACAUUGGAGCUCACCUGAAGAGGCACGAAACUCUUCAUUGUGUUUUUAAAAAUUGUGACUACAGUACCAACAUCUAUUCAACUUUUGCAUCUCAUAAAAGUAGAAAACAUAGUCCUCACUGUCUUCAAGAUUUUGAAAGUACAUUAUUGCAGACAGUUUUAACUAACACAGAGCAAGCUGAUGAAGCAGAAGUAACUGUCAGAUGAAGAUGAAGUGGUUUGUUCUGAAACUGUUGUGGAAGUGGAAGAUUCGGUUAAAACCAUUAUUGAUCAUCUUAGUGCCUUGUUUUUGAAACUUGACUGCAUCCAUAAUAUCCCUAGUAGGUGCAUAGAUGAUAUUGUUGAGGAGCUUCAGUUCAUUAGUUCAUCAGCUUCACUACCUGUAAUCAAAAAUAUUAUCUUGGACACAUUCAAAAAUCACAACUGCAGUCCAGAUUCAAAGUUGGUUACAGAUUUGAUGAACAUUAUCUGACAACUAAAUCCUGUAAGUGUAGCUUUCUGUAAUGGUGGUCCGCUUGCUUCAGCAUACCACAGAAAAGAGUACAUAAAGAAGCAUUUCUCAGUUGUUGAGUCGGUUGAAUAUAUACUUGAUUCAAAAGAUGGAAAAACCUAUCAGUAUGUACCAGUGUUGCAGUCAUUGUCACAUAUUUUAUAAAAUAAUGACAUAGUUCAGAAUAUCUUAAAGAAUGCAAUAUGUUCCACCUUGGGACAAUAUUGUACAUUUUCUGAUGGUUCCCACUUUAAGGAAAAUGCAUUUUUUGCUGAAAAGGAGUUAAGACUUUCACUUCUGCUGUACUGUGAUGAUUUUGAAAUAUGCAAUCCUCUAGGGACCUCCAGAAAGAAACAUAAAGUAACUGCUAUAUACUGGGUGCUGGCUGACAUUCCUCCCGUCUUAAGAUCUACGUACUUUGUCUUCUAUUUAUUUGGCAGCGUUAUGCAAAGCAAAUGAUGUAAAGAAAUAUGGCUACUCUCAAGUUCUUGAGCCGUUGUUGAACGAUCUGAAAAAGUUUGAAGAAACUGAAGUCUUUGUCCCCAGUUUAGGGAAAACAGUUAAUUACAAUUGUUAAAAUAAUUUUAACAUUUGUGUAUAAUAUUUAAUUUCUUGUUCUGCUGUUUUUGUCUUGACAGAUAAAAGAAGAGUUUCGGAGAAUAACCACCAUUCCCCUUGAGCAGACCUUCAUGUUCAUUCUGGACAGUUACUCUCCAAAACUGCUUUCUGUACUUGAGAAGAAGGGUGGGUAAAACUGAGACCUACUUUGGACAAGCAGAGACAGGACCAAACAGCUGAGAUGAAACGUGGAGAAGUGAUUCGUGGAUUAAUGCUCUACCUUGGUGAAAAAGAGGAAGAACUCUUUCUAGAUUGCCAGGUGGACAACUUUGAGGACAUUUGGCAGCACAAUAUGAAGCUUGCUGUUGUUCGUGCUUCCUACGCUGAAGAUCCUGUAGAUGUCUCUCUUAUUCUUGACGGCAAGGAGGUUGUGACUGGAUGUGGAAAUACUGCAAAGGCAUGUACACUGCUAAUGGGUCUGAUAUAUUCCCUCAAUCUUGCUUAUGGCGCCAUGACAGCGGCAGCUAGUUACAGCAGCUCCGGUUAACUUUAGGUCUGUUUAGUUAUUUUUGUAGUUUUCUUCUAUUUUUUAAGUUUUUUUCACCAAGUAGGUGUGAUGCCUUUGUACGGGACAAACAUGGAUGUGCAAAUGGCGCUUCCCCUACUUUGUUUACUACUGCUUUCGGAACUUUUUAAAUCCGCAUCUGGUGACCCGUUCAGCCAUGGCUCCAUUGUUUACAGUCGGGAACAGCUGUUGGCGCUGAGCCAGGCCAGGCCGCCGUCGUGGGAGAGACCAGACAUCCCAGCUGAGCUCCGCAGAAGGAGGAGAGGAUGCCGGGCAGGACUGAAGCGUCGGGAGAAGAGGAGACGCUACAAGCCGUCCGUUCCAUCUGUGAUUAUGGGGAAUGUGAGGUCUCUCCCGAAUAAGAUGGAAGAACUGACGGCGCUGACCAGGCUGCAGUGGGAGUAUCGGGAGAGCAGCCUCAUGAUGUUCAUGGAGUCAUGGCUGAACGAACUCACUCCGGACUCACUUUUAACUCUGGACGGAUUCCAUCUGGUCAGAGCGGACCGGAACGCGAGGGAGAGUGGUAAGAGAAAGGGUGGGGGCCUCGCAAUGUAUGUGAAUGAGAGAUGGUGUAAUGCUGGACACAUUAGCGUUAAAGAGCAGCUCUGCACUAAGGAUGUAGAAUUACUGGUGGUCAGUCUGCGUCCGUUCUAUCUGCCCCGGGAGUAUUCACAUGUAAUAGCCAUUACUGUGUACAUCCCUCCCUCGGCUGAUGCGGCUGCAGCCUGUGAACUCAUCCACAGUGUAGUGUCCCAGCUGCAAACAUCUCACCCUCAGUCUCUUAUCAUCAUCUCAGGAGACUUUAAUCAUGCAUCGCUCUCUGCCACUCUCCCCACGUUCACCCAGUACGUGACCUGCCAUACCAGAGACAAUAAAACCCUGGACCUGCUGUAUGCAAACAUCAAGGAUGCAUACAGCUCCUCACCCCUCCCCCCACUGGGCCACUCAGAUCACAACCUGGUGAGACUGCAGCCCAUUUACAUACCUAUGGUGAAGAAACAACCCCCCACCACCAGGUAUGUGAAGAAGUGGUCUGACGAGGCCACUGAGGCGCUGCAGGACUGCUUUGAGACCACAGACUGGGAUGUGCUGUGUGGUCCACACGAGGAGGACAUUGAUUCACUGACGGACACUAUCACGGACUACAUUAACUUCUGUGCAGAGAACAUCGUACCGACCAGGAAAGUACGGUGUUUCUCUAACAACAAACCCUGGGUGUCCCUGGAACUGAAGGCCCUGCUGAAGGAGAAGAGGAGGGUUUUUGGAUCUGGGGACAAAGAGGAGCUGAGGAGGGUGCAGAAGGAGAUAAAGAAGAAGAUCAAGGUGGACAAGGCCAGCUACAGGACCAAGAUGGAAUCUUACCUGCAGGAAAAUAACACAAGGGAGGUCUGGAGAGACCUGAGAGCCAUCUCUGUUGACUGGUGUGAGCGAAACCAUCUGCAGCUCAACGCCAGUAAGACGAAGGAGAUGAUCGUGGACUUCAGCAGCAGGAGGACACCCCAGACUGCACCGGUGAACAUCCAGGGUUUGGACAUUGACAUGGUGGACACAUACAAAUACCUGGGUGUUCACCUCAACAAUAAAAUGGACUGGACACAUAACACAGAGAUCCUCUACAAGAAGGACCAAAGUGGUCUCCACCUGCUGAGGAGACUGAGGUCCUUUGGGGUGUGCAGGACUCUGCUCAGGACAUUCUACGACUCUGUGGUAGCGUCUGCUAUCUUCUAUGCAGUGGUCUGCUGGGGAGCAGGGAGCACUGAAAGGGACAGAAAGAGACUAAACAGACUGGUCAGGAGGGCUGGUUCUGUCCUGGACUGUUCCCUGGACUCCAUAGAGGAGGUGGGUGAGAGGAGGAUGUUGGCAAAGCUCACAUCCAUCAUGGACAAUCCCUCUCACCCACUGCAUGACACUGUGGGGUCUUUAAGCAGCUCCUUCAGCAGCAGACUGAGACAUCCACCCUGCAAGAAGGAACGCUAUCGCAGGUCCUUCAUCCCAUCUGCUAUAAGACUUUACAACAUCAGCAUCACUGGCUGAUGUUAACAUAAACUGGACUAUAUCAUUACCACCCCAAACCAUAAAAUUUGCACAGCAAUUCUUGCACUGCACAUCUUUGCACUUUUUAACUUUAUUUUUUUCUUUUAAGCCACUUUAUCCUCAUCUCUCACCCUUGUAUAUAUUGUAAAUAUUAUUACUACUGUUCUAUUACUAUUUUAUUCAUAUCACUAUGUCUACUGUUGCACAAGCUGCUGUAACAAUGUAAAUUUCCCCUGGCGUGGGGAGAAAUAAAGGACUUAUCUUAUCUUAUCUUAUCUUCCAACACUGCGUUACACUUUUGAAGUGUUCCAGAAGCUUUUCUUAGAUUUAGACACAAUAAAGCUAUCCCCCAAAGUACAAACUCUGAAAAUGAAGUUGCUGUCCAAAACUUAAAAAAUGACAUUUUAUUCAGCUUUGUUCAGCUUGGUAUGCCAUUGCCAUUAUAGCAGUUUAUGCUAUAAAGUUGUAUUGUUAUUGUGUAACUCUUGCACAUGCUUCAAAGUCGUUAAUUGUUCAUGAAUGGUAAUACAGUUGCAAAACCUAUGCAUCCAUUUCUCACAGCUGUGCCUUCAGAAAGGACUUUAAGUUUAUAAUAGUAUGACAGCAAGAAUUGCUGAUUUGUUGUUUUUUUUUUCCAAGUGUAAAACUUGGACAAAAAAGGCUGUCAAUAAAACAAAGUUGUUAAAUAUUGUCAUUUUUAUAUUAUUGAUUUUUCAUAUUUUCUGUAUACACUUUAACAAAAGUAGUAGUUAUUACUCAAAUGUAGUGCUUAAAAAUUAUUUUGUAAUAAGAAUAAAUAUAGUGAUACAACAAAUAAGAUAUAAAUAACAUUUACUAAAUUAAUUCAUUAUUGUAAGUGAUCAGCACAUAAAAUUUACUUAGUAUUUCUAUGACACAUACAUAGAAAUACUAAAAAAAAAUCACAUAAACCUUACUUCAUUAUUUCAUAUAACCAAAUAUAUAAAAAUCCAUUAUGCUGAGUAAGAUUUACUUACAAAUCGCUUUUAGAUUUUACUUGAUAAAGGCAAGAGAGUUGUACUUGAUUUAGAGUAGUAAAAUUUAAUAAGAAUCUGUUCGUGCAAAAACUUACGAGGAUUUUUCUAAGUAAAUGUUAUUAGUUAUUUUUUUCAGUGUAGCAUUGAGCUAAUUUUCAACUCCCAUCCCUGGUUGGCUUUUCAGUAAAAAGAACCAACACAUUUUGUACAUUUGAAGCUGUUUGCAUGACAUAUUAUGUAAAUUUGCAUGUUCUCAUGUGAAAUAUUUGCACAUUACUGCACAUAUUUUACUGAGAAACAAAAGUUUUAACUUAAAAAAAUGCAGUUUUACUGGAAAUUUUACAUGAAAAUACCCCUAAAAUAAAGUUUGUGUGACCCAAUAAUCAAUAUUACAGUAUUAUCAGCACAACAGUUAGUAUAUAUAUCAUUAAUAUGUGUAUUUUUUACAUAAAUAUUAAUCAUGAAUAUGAAAGCAUAUAUCUGCUAUUAACACAUCAGUUUGACCAGUACAAACUGAAUUUUUACAUGAAAUAAAUACAAAAACCUCCUUGUUACUUGUUCUAAAUAUUACAGCAUGUUUCUGUUAUCAGUAUGUACAUUUAAGUGGGAAAACUGGUAUUGUUUUUGAGAAAUUAAUGCAAAACUGACAGUAUUACAAUGUUUUUCCAUUAAAAAACUGCAAGAGAAAGGAAAUGUUUUGGGGUUUUUUUUGUUUUUUUUCUCUUGAACAAAAUACAUUUCCCUAUUCUUGCACUUUUUUUAAUGGAAAAAACAUAAAUAAGUGUUUUACUUUUUGUCCUGAUUAACUUAUUUACAGUGAUUCAGUGUUAUAUAAACCGGAUCAAACUGUUCUACAGUUUAUAUAUUUUUACUGUCAUCGUUUGGUAGCUUUUCACUGUAAAAUUUAACUUUUUUUUUUACAGUGUAUCUUGCGUUUUGACUGUAUAAAGAUUCUGGUAUUUCAUGCAUUUUACCAUCCUGAGCAACCAAAUACAGAAAUGAACACUGUAUUAUUGCAAUAAAAAUUCUAAUUAUACAAGCAUGUUGCAUUUUUAUGUUAGAUUUUAUGCAACGCAGCUUUUUAAAAUAGGAUUAUUUUUAUGCUUUUGCGCAUUUUAAGCUGUUUGCAUGACAUAUUGUGUAAAUUUGCACAUUUUAGAGUGAAUAAUUUGCACUUUUGACACAUUGGAUUGACACAGUUGCUGUUUAUUUGACAUUUUAACCAUUAUUGCACUGUUGUAUCUCCAUUAUGAACAGAAAAAUACAUCAAUUUGACCGCUAACAAACUGUAUUUUUAACAUGAAAUGAAGGCUUUUUUACUCUCCAUGUUACUUGUUCUAAAUAUUACAGCAUGUUUCUUUUAUCAGCACGUACAUUGAACUGGGGAAAUUUGUAUUCUUUUUGAAAAAUGAAUGCAAAAAUUACAAUAAUUAAUAUUUUUCCAUUAAAAAAUGGUGCAAGAGAAAGGAAAUGUAUUUCUUCAAGAGGAAAAAACAAAACAAACACAGAUUUUUCCAAAGGUUUUUCUCUUAGAAAAAUACAUUUCCCUACUCUUGCACAGUUUUUAAUGGAAAAACAUUUUUUUGGAUUAAUUUAUUAUAUAAACUGGAUCAAACUUAUUUUUUACAUUUUGACUGUAUAAAGAUUGUUAUUUCAUGCAUUUUACCAUCCUGUGCAACCAAAUACAGAAAUAAACACUGCAGUGCAGUAAAAAUUCUA